AUGAAUCAGGUGCAAGAUGUAAUGUUAUAUUUUGAAAAAUUUAGAAAUGAUGGGUUUGAAAAGAGUCUGGAUAUUGCUAGAACUGUUGCAUUUGAUAUGAACGUGGAUCCUACAUUUGCAACAAAGCGUCGUAUAAUUAGGAAAAAACAAUUUGAUGAAAGUGAUCAUAAUGAAGAAAUACAAUCUGCGGAGGACUCUUUUAGAGUUAAUUAUUUUUUUGUUGUUGUGGAUAUGGCAAUUGCUUCGCUGAAAGAGAGAUUUGAACAACUAAAGACAUUUGAAAGUAUUUUUGGAUUUUUAUGUGAUUCAGAUAAGUUGAAGUCGUUGGAUGAUAUUCAAUUAAGAGAUUGUUGCAAUCACCUUGGAAGCAUUUUAUCUCAUAAUGAUUCAUCUGAUAUUGAUCUUAAUGAUAUGUUUUCUGAAUUAAGAGUGUUGCGAAUGACUUUACCCAAUGUGUCAAUGACAGCGGUCCAAAUUUUAGAAUUUGUUAAACAUGCUGAUUGUUAUCCAAAUGUUUCUAUUGCUUAUCGAAUCUUAUUGACUGUUCCUGUGUCUGUAGCAUCAGCGGAGAGAAGCUUUUCAAAAUUGAAGUUGAUCAAAACGUACUUGCGUUCAACAAUGGCACAAGAAAGGCUGGGCAAUUUGGCAAUUCUAAGCAUCGAGCAUGAGAUGUUACAAAACAUAGAUAUUGAUUCUAUCAUAAACGACUUUGCUUCAAAAAAUGCUCGAAGAAAUUGUUUUCUCUAA